AUGGCGCAAACAAAAUGUUUGAGUAGUUCAGAGAUCUUCCAGGAAACCGCAGCUGAUAAAGCUAUGUGGAAAUUACGACGAUACGGACGUCUCUUACCUAGAGCCAAGGACAAGGACGGCAACUCCUCUUGGAAGGUCUUCGAGUCCAACGAAAGCACGGGCCACCUGGAGCUGACAGUGUUGGAUUCUGGCCACCUGUUAGUGUCACAAGCGCAAGAACUACUGGAAGGAUUCUCUUUGAUCAAUGCUCAAAGCUUCCUGAAGAUUCAACAAAAAUCGGACAGUUUGCUUUUCCUCAUUACUUUAAAGGGAGAGAGCCGUAUGGUGCGUCUGCAGUUUGACGGCAGCACCAGGGCUCUGGCGGUGGAGGCGUGCCGAAGUGCUGUGGAGAGACUGCAGGAGUACCUGCCUGUGAGAACACAGGAGAACACUCCUCCUUGCGCUCCUCACACCAGCACACAACCCUGUACUGAGCCACCUGCCGAGGCGGCUUCCGCUACUGCCUCAAACGUCACCCAAGGAUCUCUGUCCAUCAAAGACCUCACUCAGUAUUUCCUAGGAGAGCGUGAUCUAUCUCUCCCCCUGGCGUAUCGUCACUGCAUAGCCCCCCCCGGUGACCUGAGAUUGCUGCUUCGCCUGUGUUUGCUGGACUCCAGCUUCCCUGCCUUUGUGGAGCAGGUGGAGAAAGAGUUGAGGGAACUGAUGCAGGAAUGA